GCUUUAAACCCAAUUUCGUCAUUUUCCGAAAGUUUCUCACGCAAAGCCCGUAACGAUCCCUGCCGUCGACGACCUGCCUAUCUCCGUCGACUACGACGUCGAACUGGCUGCUCAUUCGUGAGCUUAAUUACAGCAUGGAUGUUGAAGAUGGGGGAGCUACUUUUCUCAAGCAAUCAAGGAAGAGGCAUAAAAAGUUUAAGCAAACAGAAGAGAAAAAUACAAACAAUGGUUUAGAAGUAAUCCAUUUGGAUCACAUUGCAAUGGAUGAGAAAGUGCAGGAACACAAAGUUUUUGAGGAAGGAGGUUUCAUCGAGAGGAGAAAGUCCACUGAAGCUUUUGAAAAUAAAAAGAAAAAGAAAAAGACAAAGAAGGUCUUGGAAGGUUCAGUAGACAAUGAAAGAAGAAUGGGCGAGGAGGGUGGUGGAUGUUGUGCAAGUCAAGUGGAAAUGAAGAAAAGGAAAAGAAAUGUUAAACACAAUGUAGAUGGGAUAAAAAAUACUUUUGGUUUAGACAGUGAGGAUAAUAACACACAUUCAGUUGCAACUAAGAUGAUGCAAAAUAAAAUCAGCAAGAAGGUAAAACUCACAGAUGAGUGCACUGAAGAUAGUAAAGACAUGGCCACAAAGAAGAAGAAGAAGAAGAAUAGGGAGAAUAAAAGGAAAAGUAAUGCUUUUUCUGCCAAUGUCAAGGAGAAAUUGGGCGGAUGUGAUCCCCAAGAUGCAAACCCCAGAAAAAACAAAAGAGUGCAACUUGCUGAUGAGUUGGAGGGUUGUCCGGUUGUAAAUGGUCCUGAAAAGAACAAGGAAAAAAACAAGGAAGUGGACAAAUUAGUUGAAGGGAAGCGGUUCUCAAAAGAAGAAGAUGAGAUCAUCAAAGAAGCUGUUUCUAAGUACAUAGAGGAACAUGAAUUGGGUGAUGAGGGGCUCAAUAUGGUUCUAAACUGCAAAUCCUUGCCAAACCUGAGAGGCUGUUGGAAACAAAUAGGGGCUGCCCUUCCUCAACGACCCUACAGAGCUGUUUACAAUCGUGCUCAAAAGAUGUUUCGCAAAAGCGAAAUCCCUUGGACCGAAGAAGAGUAUGAAUUUGUAAAAAAGUAUCAUGAAAAACAUGGGAAUCGGUGGGCAGAAAUGGCUGAGGAACUUGGGAAGUACAGAACUCACGUCUUUAAUGCAUGGCUUAGAAGAAUAAAGCUUCCCAAUUUGAAGAAGGGCCGUUGGUCUCAAGAGGAAUACCAAACUUUGUUUGAUUUAGUGAAUAUCGAUUUGCAACUGAAGGUCUCUGAGGAGAAGAAGUCCAGACAUGGUAUGUUGCGUGACAACAUUUGCUGGAUUGCAAUAAGUGACAAGUUGGCCUCGCGAAAUAACACAAAGUGUUGUAACAAAUGGUACCGCCACUUAACAUCACCUUUGGUUGCCGAAGGCAAGUGGACAGAUUCUGAUGAUUAUAGACUGGUGGGUGCACUCUAUGAAUUGGAUGGAAGCUGUAUAGAAAAUGUGGACUGGGACAACAUUCUUGAGCACAGGUCUGGUGAAGUAACUCUGAAGCGUUGGAAGCAGAUGGUUCGUCACAUCGGUAACCAUGAAACCAAACCGUUUGCCGAACAAGUCGAGAUUUUGGCAAAGAGAUACUGUCCAUACAUGCUUGAAGCAAGGGAGGCUUGGGAUAGCAAGCCAUAUUUCUCCCCCACACCAAUACCUGUCAAUGGUGCCAGAGUGAUUAAAGCAUGUGACCGAUCAGCUGGCGGAAGCAACUUGGCUCACACCAUUUUCAGCAUAAUCUAUCGAUAUAUACUCCAGUUAUGUUUUGAAGGCUGAUGAUUUAUAAGUGUUACUCUAUAAUUUCAAGUAUUAGUGUGACAUAGUUGGUUCCGGAUCUGAGCAACUCGUUGUAGUUAGGGGUGAGAAGAUGGGUACUGCAUUAGUUGGUGAGGGCGGAUACUUGUUUGAGGUGAGUUAUGAUAAGUUCCUUUCUCUAUGAGAAAUAAAUGGAGUAGAGCAGUUCAGCCUCUCAUAAUGCAAGGGUGAGACUUAAUGGGCAAUCAGGAUGACCAGUUGUUAAGUAUUUUUAUUUAUUCUAUUAACUUACGAAGUUAAUUGGGUUGGGUCUUUCAUUCUUUGGUUCAAGCGAGGUGCAAAUUCGAAGCAACCAAUAGGCAAAGACUGCGGCUUCGAUCCUCCAUCACAGGAAGGCAAGAGCUGUAUAGUCCAGAUCUGUCCAUAUGUUGACUGCCAUUAUACCAUCUUCUUUGCAAGCAACUGACUUACAUUUCCGAUUUUUCUACUUAUUUCCCCGCUUUAACUAAAAAAUAGAAGAAAAACUAAAGGCAUUAAUUGUAGUUGUUUUUUAGUCUUCAGAAUCACGAGGGCAACCUCUUCUAUCAGGUUAUAAACCUCCAUGUGUCAUUAAUUUCUAGCUUAUUUUCUGAAUUCCCCCUUUCUCAUUUUUCUCAGUAUUUUGCAUUUUUUGAGAGGGUGGCAACUGGCUGGCAACGUCCUUUCUGAGCAUCUCUUGCUAUUUGCUAAUUCUAUAAACUUCCUUCUUUUUUGUUCGUAACUCUGCACAUAGGGUUAUUUCUUCUUGACUAAUUUUAUUUUCCUCCGGACUUGUUAAUUGAGUGUCGUUCAUAAUUGAUUGGUUGUAAAUCAAUGGCCUAAGCCUAUUCAAGAGACAAACUGUUAAUGUUAUGGAUUUGAAAAUUUGAAUUUUAAGUUAACUGCUUGCACGUGCAUGGUGAAAUUAUGCAUGGUGCAUAGUGCAUGCUGGUGAUUUCAUUUCCC